UUGCCCUUGACCUGGUCAAGUUUCCGGGGGCCUUCCGGUCGUGGGCACCGACCGACCUGGCCAGCGCAAUCAAACAGCUCCGUCUCGGCAGCAUGUCCGCAUGCUGGACAGGGAGCAUCGGCGGAAAGACUAAUCGACUGGGGCAUCAUGCUGAUAAAUAGUUACGGGUGUCCCUGGCCAUGGGACUGAUCACACUCACAUCAGCCACCAUUAUUAGUACCAAGGCAAAAAGCCAAUACCACCAAACAAAAGUUUCGAGGAUCAGCUUUCAUAUUCCAACUCAUUGACACUUCGUCAAUACUGGUCAUCACGGUAAUGAAGACUUCAAUUGAGUCUUCGCGCUCUCCAUCCUCUGAGCCGCCCUCGGAGACCCCGGUCGAAAAGCCACCGUCCCCAAGAGACGUGCACGGCGUUAAAUGGGCCCUAGUGGUCAUUGCGCUGCUGUCGUCCUUGUUCUUGUACGCGCUCGACAAUACCGUGGUGGCGAAUGUUCAGCCUAAAGUCGUUGAAACCUUUGGCCAUGUCAGUCUGGUUCCUUGGCUGGGUGUCUCCUUUGCUCUGGCAUCGGCGGCUACGACCUUAAUCUGGUCCAAGGCCUAUGGCACCUUCUCCGCCAAGAAGCUUUACAUUGGUAGCACGGUCGUGUUCAUGGGCGCGUCGGCUCUCUGUGGUGGCGCUCCAGAUAUCAACAGCUUCAUCGUCGGUCGUGCCAUCGCGGGUGCCGGUGGCUGUGGAAUGUACAUGGGUCUGUUGACCUUGAUGUCGGUGACCACAGACAACAUUGAACGCCCGAAGUAUCUCAGUCUGACCGGUUUCAUUUGGGGUAUCGGCACAGUGCUGGGUCCAGUGGUUGGCGGUGCCCUUGGCGACAGCAAGGCGACCUGGCGUUGGGCAUUCUACCUGAACCUGCUGGUCGGAGCGGUCGUGGCUCCGAUCUACUUCCUCCUCUUGCCUGACUUCAGGCCCCAGAAAGAUGUCCCCAUCCUCAAGCGGUUUGGCCAGAUCGACUACAUUGGCGCACUGCUUUCCAUCGGUACCCUUCUAUGCGCGAUCAUGGCCAUGAACUUCGGUGGCGUCUUGUGGAGCUGGAGCAGCGCGAACAGCAUCGGUCUUUUUGUGGGCGCCGGUGUCCUGUUGAUUUUGUUUGUGAUGCAACAAAUCUUCAACCUGGGAACCAGCUUCGAGAACCGCAUGUUCCCUAUGCAUUUCUGGAAGAGCCGUACCUUGAUAGUUCUCUUCUUCACUAUGAUGUUGGCGACAUUCGGUAGCUUCAUCGGCAUCUACUACUUACCCAUCUACUACCAAUUCACCCGCGGAAGCACAGCCAUUCAGACCUCCGUCCAUCUACUGCCCUUCAUUCUGUUCCUGGUCGCCUUCAACCUGAUCAACGGUCAGUACAUGGGCAAGACCGGCUACUACUACCCCUGGUACAUUUUCGGAGCUGCUCUCGAGCUAGUCGGUGGUGUCCUCAUGUACACCGUGGACGAACACACCUCCGAUGCCAAAAUCUAUGGCUACACCAUCAUCUUGGGCACCGGCGUGGGGUGCUUUUGCCAGGCUGGCUUCGCAAUCGCACAGAUGAAGGUCAAGCCUGAGGAGAUCCCCUUCUGCGUGGGCUUCAUGACGGUCGGACAGAUGAUGGGGAUCGUUUUCGGCACGGGUAUCUCCGGCGCCCUGUUCGUGAACUUCGCGCAGCAGGCCCUGCAGCAGAUCUUCCCCCUGGCCAAUGAGGACGAGAUCUCGAAUGCAAUCUCGGGCGUGGGGAGCCAGCUCCUCCGCUCUGCGAGUUCCGAAGAUUAUGCCGCGGCGAUUCAUGGUAUUACCAGGGCGAUCCAACUGGCCUACGUGCCCAUCAUCGCUGCGGGGGCCAUUUGCUUGGUCUGUAGCUUGUUGAUGAAGCACGAGAAGGUUUUUGUUACUGGCAGCUUCGCUGGCUAAUUUGGUGGCUGGAGCCGUGGAACAAGAUCUUAAAAAUGCCGGAAUGACAGUACCGUAUGAGAGGAGGAUUGGAUAGCAGAGAUGGAGAGCCGGAAGAUGAUAUUGAAUACGGAUUUAUGCAGAGUUGUGUUGUCAGCUUGAUCACGCACCUACUCAUGAACCAAGCAGGCCCGUGCUAGAUUGAGGGGGCCGCUACCGAAAAUAAUGACAUUUCGAUUUUACUGUACACUGCAAUAUACUCCCAAAUCAAACAAUCAAUGAUUCGAAGAUGCAUUACUGGCACUCAAA